AGAAAAAUAAAUAAGAUCGAUGAUAAAUUUGGACGUGGAACUACAAAAACUUUGAAUAGGGGAUCAAUUAAUUAUUAUUUAUUCACCGGAACAAAUUACUUGCAAUACGCGAAUUGAUAAGGAAAAAUAGAACAUUACCUAGCAGAACUAAAACCAAAUUAUUCGAAGAGAAAUGUCAAUUUACUUAUAAACAUUGUGAUACUGCUAGAAAAGUGCUCAAAAAUUGUUAGAAUGAUAUUAGAAUUAACUUGGAAAAUUCUUGUGCUUUAACAAGGUUGUGUACUCGGCCAAUGUAAUCAGCUAAAAAAAUUUUUCAUAAAUUUUUAAUUUUCUUUUUACAACUCGCCUAUAUUUGGGUGAAACAGUUAACAUCUUUUAUGUUACCUAUCCCUAAAUAUUAAAAAUAAAAAAAUACAUUAACUUUUUUUUUAACAAAUGACGCUAAGAUUUUUAAAUAGUUCUAAUGGUUCGAUAAGAGCUCUGCUAAUAGUUAUAGUAUUGUGGGCGUUUUUAGUUUAUUUAUUUGCAAUUAAAUUAUUAAAUCCACAAUAUAAUUCGGACCCAGAUGACGCUGUAAGACGUGUUAAUCAGGCAUUAAAAUCUCUAGAAGAAUCCAGGCAAAGAAAUGUAGAAUUGACAAAAGUCUUCGAUUUUUUUAUCAGUGAAGACAAUAAAGAAGAGCAAGUAAAAUUGUUACGGUCUAUUGAAAAUCCAAAUUUUGGAAGGUUAUCAUCAAUAGGCGCACCUAGUUCAGAAUAUGAACAAAUUAGGAGGCGUAUUCGAACAAAUACCCAAGAAUUUUGGAAUUUUUUUAGUUCGGAAUUAGAACAAAUUAGAUUAAAGUGUUCAAAAACUAAUCCUGAUCUUUUAAAACAAAUUAAUAACAUAUUAGAAUUAGGUGCUGAACAUAAACGAUCAUUACUAAAUGAUCAAGAUCGCAUGCGAGAGCUUGAUGGUUAUGAAAGUUGGCGAAAAAAGGAAUCCGAAGAUUUAAGUAAUUUAGUUCAGAAUCGUUUGUAUUACUUGCAAAAUCCGAAAGAUUGCAAAAACGCUAAAAAAUUAGUAUGCAAAUUAAAUAAAGGUUGCGGCUAUGGUUGCCAACUUCAUCACGUUGUAUAUUGUUUUAUAGUUGCUUAUGCAACGGAACGUACAUUAAUUUUAAAGUCCAGAGGAUGGCGGUAUCAUAAAGGAGGUUGGGAGGAAGUUUUUGAUCCUAUUUCCAGUACAUGUACAAAUAUUGACACAACAUCUGCAACUGCUUGGCCAGGCCAUCAUAACUCGGAAAUUGUUAUACUACCAAUAAUCGAUUCACUUGUACCCAGGCCACCAUAUUUACCGCUAUCUGUACCAGAAGACUUAGCACCACGACUGAUUAGAUUACAUGGAGACCCAAUAGUUUGGUGGGUUGGCCAAUUUUUAAAAUAUUUGUUAAAACCAAAAUCUGAAACAAAAGAACUUUUGCAAAAUGGAAUGGCAAAGUUAGGUUGGAAAACGCCUAUAGUUGGUGUACACGUCAGGCGAACAGAUAAAGUAGGAACUGAAGCAGCUUUCCAUAGUAUUGAUGAAUAUAUGUCAUAUGUUGAAGACUAUUAUUUAACUUUAGAAAUGAAUAACACAAGAAUAGUACGAAGAAUAUUUUUAGCUUCUGAUGAUCCUCGUGUGAUAUCGGAAGCAAAAAACAAGUAUCCUCAAUAUGAAAUAUUGGGCGAUUACGAGGUGGCAAAAAUGGCAGCAGUUUCUACUAGAUACACGGACUCUUCACUAAAUGGAAUUAUAUUAGAUAUUCAUAUGUUAUCGUUAUGUGAUUAUUUAGUUUGUACAUUUAGUUCACAAGUUUGCAGAGUUGCAUAUGAAAUAAUGCAAACUCUUUAUCCAGAUGCUUCCCAUAGAUUUAAAUCAUUGGAUGAUAUUUAUUACUAUGGUGGCCAGAACGCUCAUAACAGAAUUGCUGUAUUACCGCACAAACGACGCAAUAAAGAUGAAAUUCAUUUAAACGUGGGUGAUUCAAUAGGCAUUGCUGGUAAUCAUUGGAAUGGCUUUUCAAAAGGUAAAAAUAAAAGAACAAAUGAAAUUGGUUUAUUUCCAUCAUUUAAAGUAAAUGAUAAAGUGGAAAAAGUUAAACUACCAACAUAUCCAAAUGUUUGAAAUGGAUUAAUUUUAAUUUUUGGUACCGUUUAUGUUGUGACAAUUUUAAAAUUCGUUUUUUAUUUUUAAGCAAAGUUAUUACAACUCUUUUUUUUAUAUUUGGUCCAAAUCUUUGAAUCGAAUUAUUUUAGCGAAUCAAAAGUAAUGAUGAUUUUUUGAAUUUCGGAUAUUAGUUUUAUUUUAAACUAUAUACAUAAAUGUUUAAAAUCUAAAGUUUCUUAAGAAGUACAAAACCCUUAGAAUACUCUAUAAAGCGAACUAAAUUUUAUCCACCCAGUUACAUUAAUUCUUUUAAUAAGAUGCGAAGUGAUUGGUUUAAAACGAAAUUUUAUAUGUUAUUGUUGUUUAAUGAUAAAUUUGUCUUAACUCAUAAUCUUGCACUCAAAAAAGCAUUUAAAAUUACAAAUCGUCAUUUUGAAAAAUUUUGUUUUAAUCUCAUGUUGAAACCUGAUGUACAUAAACAUUAUGAUCAAUUUGCACGCAUAUAAUCUACAGCAAUGGUCCUUCAUAAAAAGAAAUUUGCACAAUGUAAUAUUUGAAUACUUUUAUAACUUUUAACUUUUGUAUGUUCAUAAAAGUAGAUUAAAAACAAACAGACACAAACUUAAUUAAUAUAGAAUUAAAUGUUGUUAAAUUAUCGCUAUUUUGUAAACUUACAUUCCAUUUAAGCUACAAAAACCUUCAAAAUGCUUCAAAAUUUCUGUUCGCUUGAUUCUUUAGAUUAAAUCAAUAAGCUCUUUAAAACUUAAUUAACUUUACUUGCUCUCUAUAAACCUUUUUUUCAAUUUUACGCUUAACUUUAUUAUUAAAUCCUAUUAUAUUAGUUAACAUCUU